AUGCACCCUCGGGCGACGGCGCCGCGGCCGCACACGCGCGAGGAGGCGGGCGCGGGCUACGUGGAGAUGCGGCCCGGCGAGCCCGUGCCGCCCCGCGUCGCCACCACGCCCGACGGCUACGUGGAGAUGAGCCUCGGCUCUAGAACGCCCCUCCGGCCGGCGGUCCUCGCGUCCUCCCCUCAAACCCGCUCCCUCUUAACGGACACCCUGUUUCCCCUCACCCUGGAGUCGCCUCCGGAAAGCGUGGAACCGGCGAGGCAACCAGCGAAACCGGAGCCUAAGCCGGACCCGGCGCCGGAGUUGCAUCACCCGCUUACGACUUUGAGAGAGAUUUCUGAAGAGUGUCCAAGGAAAAGUCCGGAGCUAUCGUCGUCGCCUUCGUACGUGGCUCUCAGCCGGCAAACCAGUCGCGUGGACACGGAGAAGCAAGGCAACCCGACUAUUGUCAAGGCGGGCGGCUUGUCGGCGCCGGCGCGCUUCGAGCCGCGGCCCUUGCCCCCCGCCCCCCCCGGGCUGCACUACGCCGCGCUCGACCUCGAGCAGCGCGCCGCCGCCGCGCCCCAGCCGCCCCGCACCUACACGCAGAUCGACUUCCUGCGCAGCGAGAAGCUCGCCGCCGACAACUAG